AUGGGAGCCAAGCUGCUGUGCCUCUUCCUCGCCUCGGCCCUCGUGGCUUACUACAUCUACACCCCCAUGCCCGAGGACCUGGAGGAGCCCUGGAAACUGAUGCUCAUCACGGCUAGCUUCAGGGCCGUGGGGCACAUGGCUGAGGUUGCCGACCGGCUGGGGCUGAUGCACUAUAUGGAAGCACUGAUGCUGAUCACGGCUGCCGAGUAUGUCGCACCCGCGUCCGAUGAAAACGUCACCGUGACGGACACCGAGUUCAGCAACGUUGCCGUGCGGCUGUUCGUGCCCAAAAGGGCUCCUGAGGGGCUGAGAAGGGCGGUCAUCUACUUCCAUGGGGGAGGCUGGUGCGUCGGACAUGCAGGCAUGAAAUCCUACGAUCAUCUGACGAGGUGGACUUCAAACAUGCUAAAUGCUGUCGUGGUAUCGGUCAAUUACAGGUUGGCGCCUAAACACCAUUUUCCCAUUCAGUUUGAAGAUGUGUAUUCGGUAACGAAGUUCUUCCUCCAGAGCAGUGUCCUCUCCCAGUACGGGGUGGACCCAGAGCGGGUCUGUGUGGCAGGAGACAGUGCGGGUGGAAACUUGGCUGCAGCUGUGGCACAACAGCUGUUAGAGGACUCUGAAGUCAAAACCAAACUCAAAGCCCAGGCUUUGCUUUACCCCGCUCUCCAAACCCUUGACCUGAAUUUGCCAUCUUACCAACAAAACGAAAACAAGCCUAUUUUAACCAAACCACUUAUGGCCAAGUUCUGGAGUGAAUAUUUCACUUCUGAUUCAUCUCUCACGGAAGCGAUGGCCACCAACAGGCACGUCCCGAUUGAAUGGAGCCACUUAUUUCAGUUUGUAAACUGGAGCCAUUUGCUGCCUGAAGAGCUGAAGAAAGAUUAUGUUUACACCGGUCCCACCUACGGAAGCUCCGAGUUUGCUCAGAAGUACCCGGGGUUUCUGGAUACGCGGGCGGCCCCGCUGCUGGCGAGCGAUGCCCAGCUGCGUGGGCUGCCCCUCACCUACAUCCUCACCUGCGAGCACGAUGUCUUACGGGAUGAUGGGGUCAUGUAUGCCCGGCGCCUCCAGGCAGCUGGCGUUCCCGUCACGCAUGAUCACGCCAAGGACGCCUUUCAUGGGGCGGUCAUGUUUGUCAUCAGUCCAACCGACUUAGCUGUAGGGCACCGGCUGCUGAACAGAUAUAUCGAGUGGUUAAAUGAGAAUCUAUGA